AUGCUGUCUAAGGUUUCAAGGGCUGAGAAGUUGAAGCAACUUAAGCAAGCCAGAGCUAGUGGACAGAACUUAGCACUUUCUGAAAGUGACGGUGAAGGGAUCUAUGAUGAAGUCGAUGAAGAUACUUAUAGACAACAUAAAAGAAACCAAAUGAUUAAUGAUGAUUUCAUUGUGGAUGAUGACGGAGAAGGAUAUGUCGAUAACGGGGUUGACGAUUGGGAUGACAGAACAAGACCUAAUUAUUAUAGUGAUGAAGAAGAUGAAAUGGUGGACGGGAAAAAGAGAAGAAAGAAGGAAAGAAAACCUGUCAAAGUUAGUAAGACAUCAAAAAUCAAUAAUUUCUUCAAACCUAAAGGUUUUGAUAUAUCAGCCAAUAGUAAUUCUCAAGUUAAAACAGUUGAUGCUGAUGUGGAUGACAUUCUUAACGACUUCCAAGGAAAUUCGUCAUCUAGAUUAGGUGCAUUUAGUAAACCUAUGAAAAGUGUAACUUCAACUACAACUUCUAAGAAUCCAUUUGCUUCCAGAUAUGUGAAACAAGAACCUAAAGAGACCGUAGAAUUUGAUAAUACUAAUGACUCCAUGGAUUUGGAUGACCAACCAUCAUCUCCAAUUAAAAAGGAACAAAUUGAUAUUCCAUCAGAACCCCCAACCUCGGAGCCAGCUCAACCAUCAACUGAUAGAAUCGAGAUUGAUGAUGAUUCAGAAGAAGAUGAUAUCAUUGUAAGUAAACGUCCAAGAGCUUCAGCUGUUAAUAGAGCUCACAAUGCCACUAUUUCCUCAAUGAAAGCUCAGACUCCACAAAGUUCUUCUCCAGUUAGAAAUGCUGUAUUAUCAUCACCAAAUAAAACUAUGAAUUAUACUGAAAAAUUAGAAAAGGAAGAAAUUUGUACUGGUGACAGUUCUUUCAAAUUUUUCUGGUUUGAUUAUUGUGAAGUUGAUGGUUCAUUAAUUCUUUUUGGUAAGGUACCAACAAAGGAAGGAAAAGUUGUUUCAGGAGCUUUACAAAUCAAUGGUAUGGCUAGAGAAUUAUUCUUUCUUCCAAGGAAAUUCAGAACAGUUGAAGGUGAAGAAGAUGCUUCUGAUCCUAUCACACCAAUGGAUGUUCAUAAAGAGAUUGUUCCUUUAUUAAUGGACCAUUACAAAUUAGAUAAUGUCAGAGCUAAACCUGAGACCAUGAAAUAUGCUUUUGAAUUAUCAGGUGUACCUAAAGAAUCAGAAUAUUUAAAAGUUUUAUUGCCUUUCAAAACGAACAAGAAUAGACGUACAACUUUACCAGCAGAAUUAACAGGAGAAACUUUUAGUCAUGUUUUUGGUACCAAUACUAACAUCUUUGAAGCCUUUGUGGUACAAAGAAACAUCAUGGGUCCAUGUUGGUUAGAAAUCUCUAAUCCUGAUUUCAACUCAUUCCAAAAUAGUUGUCAUUGUCAAGUUGAAGUCGCCGUCAACUCACCAAAUUUCAUCAAACCAGUUCAAGAUAAAACACCACCACCAAAUUUAACCAUCACAUCAAUAGCUGUACAAACAGUUAUGAAUUUGAAACAAAAUAAACAAGAAGUUGUAUCAGUAACCCUUUCUACUUUUAGAAAUUUACCACAAGAUGCUCCUAUUGAUGAAAAGACUCAAGCUAGUGAAACAGUUACUCUUGUAAGACCUGUAGAUACACCAUCGUUACCUCCGGGAUUGGCUGCUUUGGCAAAGAAACAAGAUUUGAAUUUAAGAACAUUCCCUAACGAAAAAGCAUUAUUGAAUUGUUUUGCAGCUAUGAUCAAAAGUCAAGAUCCUGAUGUGUUCAUUGGUCAUAGAUUGGAGAACAUUUCUUUGGAUGUCUUGGUUCAUAGAAUGUAUGACUUGAAAGUUACUACUUGGUCCAAUUUAGGGCGUCGUAAUAGAAAAGUUUGGCCCGAUAGAUUUGGUAAAACAUCAAGUGGAUUCAAUAAUAAUUUACAAAUCAGAGAAAUCUUCCAUGGAAGAUUAUUAUGUGAUAUUGCCAAUGAAUUGGGUCAAUCAUUAACCCCAAAAUGUCAAUCUUGGGAUUUAGUGGAAAUGUAUGAUAUUGUUUGUCAUAAAACUCAUCCAUUCUUGGAAGUAAAUUAUAAUAAUCCUCAAUUCAAUGAAGAUGCUAAUAUUCUUUUGAUGGCGUUGAAGGACAAUGCUAAUAAUUGUAAGAUUUCAGCUGAAAUCGCCUUUGCUAUUCAAAUUUUAUCAUUGUCUAAACAAUUGACCAAUUUAGCUGGUAAUGCUUGGAGUCAUACUUUAUUUGGUACUAGAGCUGGUAGAAAUGAAUUCAUUUUAUUACAUGAAUUCCAUAGAAAUAACUAUAUCUGUCCCGAUAAAGAAGAUAAGUUCCAUAAAAGUACUAAUUUCGUUCAACAAGCUAAAUUAGAAAAUGCUGAUGAUGAUCAAACUAAUGCAACUUCUAAUAAAAAACCUAAAUAUCAAGGGGGUUUAGUUUUCGAACCAGAAAAGGGUCUUCAUAAGAAUUAUGUUUUAGUUAUGGAUUUCAACUCUUUAUAUCCAAGUAUUAUUCAAGAAUUUAAUAUUUGUUUCACUACUGUUGAUAGAGAUGCUUAUAACUUAACUCAAGAUGAAGAAAAAGAUUUACCUUCAUUACCUGAAAAAGAAUCUAAUGCCGGGGUUUUACCCAAAUUAUUGAAUACUUUAGUUACAAGACGUCGUGAAGUCAAAAAGUUAUUAAAAGAUCCUAAAAGUACACCAGUUGAAAAGGCUCAAUACGAUAUCAAGCAACAAGCGUUGAAAUUAACAGCUAACUCUAUGUAUGGUUGUUUAGGUUAUGUUAAUUCAAGAUUUUAUGCUAAACCUUUAGCUAUGUUAGUUACCAAUAAAGGUAGAGAAAUUUUAAUGGAUACUAGACAAGUAGCUGAAUCUGUUGGUUUGAGAGUUGUUUAUGGUGAUACCGAUUCAGUUAUGAUUGAUACUGGUGUCACUGAUUUGAAAGAAGCCAUCAAAAUUGGUAAUGAAUUUAAAGUUCAAGUUAAUGAAAGAUAUAAAUUAUUAGAACUUGACAUUGAUAAUGCUUUUAAAAGAAUCUUAUUACAUGCUAAGAAGAAAUAUGCAGCUAUGGAUUCAUCUAUUGAUCCAAAAACUGGCGAAGAAGUAUUGAAAUUAGAAGUUAAAGGUUUAGAUAUGAGACGUAGAGAAUAUUGUCAAUUAUCCAAAGAAAUUUCUACCUUCAUUUUAAAUAAAAUUUUGAAAGAUUCAGAUACUGAACAAUCAUUGAUUGAAAUCUAUGAAUAUUUAGAAUCAAUGGCCAAUAAGAUCAAAAGUAAUGAAAUCCCAAUAGCUAAGUAUAAGAUAAAUAACAAAUUAUCUAAAGAUCCUGCUAAUUAUCCUAAUGGUAAAAGUAUGCCACAAGUUCAAGCUGCUUUAAGAUUGAGAGAACAAGGUAAAGUCAUUAAGGCCGGAAGUGUUAUAACAUUUGUAAUUACUUCACCUAAAGAUGAUCAAGAUUCUUCAUCUACACCUGCUGAAAGAUCAAGAGCAUUUCAAGAAGUGAUUGCUAAAGGUUCAACUUUAAAACCCGAUGCCAAUUAUUAUUUAGAAAAACAAAUCUUCGCUCCAGUUGAAAGAUUAUUGGAAAGGAUUGAUGGUGUUGAUAUGAUGAGAGUUGCCGGUAGUUUAUCUAUUGAUACUAAGAAGUAUAUCUUAAGAGUUAAGAAUAGUGAAAUGUCUAAUUCAUUUACGCCUUUAGAAUCAAAUAUCAGUGAUAGUGAAAGGUUUAGACAAGCAAGUCAUUUGAUUCUUAAUUGUAAAUGUGGAAAAACUUUUAGAUAUGGAGGUAUUCAAGCAUCUAAUGAUUAUAAAGUUUCAUUCAAAGGAAUCGUUUGUAACCAUUGUAAUCAAUUAUUCUCAACUAUUAAAUUGAACAGUCAAUUGGAACAAGCCAUCAGACUCCAUAUUGCUACAUAUUAUGCUGGUUGGUUAUCAUGUGAUGAUCUGGCAUGUGGUAUAACUACCAGACAAAUAUCAGUUUAUGGUAAAAGAUGUAUUGGUAGUUCAGGUAAAGCUUAUGGAUGUAAAGGUAUAAUGAGAUACAAAUAUAGUGAUAAAGCAUUAUAUAAUCAAUUAUUAUAUUUUGAUGCUUUGUUUGAUGUUGAUAAAGCAAAAAAAUUAAAAUUAAGACCAUUAUAUGAUUCUUUAGAUAAAGCUUCUACUUUACCACCAGAUUUACCUCUGGGUAAAUUGGAAGCUUUAGCUGAACAAAAUAGAGAAGCUUUCCAAUCUUCUAAAGAAGUAGUUGAGAAAUAUUUAAAUAAUUGUGGACGUCGUUAUGUUAACAUGGCUUCGAUCUUUGAUUUUAUGGUAUCUAAAUAG